UUAUUAUCAAGCAGAAGCAAAGUCAUCAUGUAGUUGGAUGUGUUGUCUUUAAUCUUUCUAAACUUGUGAAGCAAAGACAUCAUGUAGUUGGUUGUGUCGUCUUUAAUGUUUCUGAAUUUGUGGAGAUGCAGUCAAGAGAAGAAAAGAAUUACAACUACUUGCAGAAAAUACUCAAAAAUGUCGUUAAAAAGAAACUUGUUGAUCUUUUUAUCCAAGAAUGGAACACUCAUUACAAAGAAUCUCUCGGAGUAUGGGAAAAUACAAACGUUAGUGGUCAGAAGUUGUUCAAUAUUGAAAUAUCAGAGAAAAAAUUUUGUGAUAAACAAACUUUGUCAAAACUUAAAGAUGGUGACACAAGUAAGUGGGAUUGCACAGCAUUAUGUAAAGCAAUAUUGUUUACCCACGCAAUUGGAACAAAAAUUGAUCCAAACACUGAAGCUGCUGUGCACAAACUUCGUGAUGUAAGAAACAAACUCGCUCAUAAUGUACAUAGUAAAUUAUCUGAUGCUGAUUAUCACACAAUGCUUUGUUUUAUUGAAAACUCAUUUCAAGAUCUAGGAUUUUCACUCACUGAAAUUAGAGAAAUAAAAAGUGAACGAAACAGAUUUAGUUCUUUUCAAGUACUUCCUUUCAAAUCAAAUCACGAAAUCGUUAAACGUACAGAAUUACUUAAUCGAAUCACAGCAGAUCUCAACAACUUGCGCAGUACUAACAGAAAUGAACUAACAUAUUACUAUAUUUCUGGUAAUCCUGGCAGUGGUAAAUCUCAAUUAGCUAGACAAAUUUGCGAAGAAAUGUAUAAUUCGUUUGACUGGGAAAAGAAUACGACAUUUGUGAUGACACUCGAAGGAAAAGAUAUCGACUCUCUUUUGAAAACUUAUGCUGAACUUUAUCAACGCUUAAACAAUGAUAAAACUGUCAUUGAAAAUAUUUUAAAAGAAGCAAAAAGCAGCGAAGACAAAAUCAAAGAUUUUCAAUUAUUGCUGACACAAGAACUGAAAUCAUGGCAAACAUGGUGGAUUGUUGUAGAUAACGUGGUUGAACUUCAUAAAAUUUAUCCAUUAUUACCUCAAGUUGGUGAUCAUAGCUGGAAAAAUGGUCAAAUUAUAGUAACUGUCCAAAAUACAGAUGCUAUACCAUCAGAUGGAAGUCUAAAUAAACACAUUUCAGUUAGUCAUGGUAUGAAUAAUGAAAAAUGUCGAAAACUUCUAUCUGCCUUUUCUGAUAUUCCAAAUUAUGAUGAAAAACUUUUAAAGGAUGUAUCAGACAAAUUAGAUCGUCAACCGUUGUUCCUGGCAAAUGCUGCUUACUAUGUAGGUAGUGUAAAAAGUACAUAUCCGACAUUCACGUGGGAGCAAUAUUUUGAUAAGUUGAAUGAAGGAGAGCGACAAAACAUGGGUGGCAAUUUUCAAAAAAUAAACACAUCUUACUUAGGAAUGAAAAUAGUUAUUAAAAUGGGAGUGUACGAAAGUGCAAAAUAUUAUUUUGAACGAGCGAUAGAAACUCAAUCAAAGGCAUUUGGACCUGACCAUGUUAAUAUUGCGACAAUGUACAACAAUUUGGAAAACGUACAAGGAGAUAGAAGAGGAAAUGAAUUUGAAGCUCAUUUUCGAUGA